UUCAACAUGGACAACACCACCACUCCACCACCACCUUCCACAACCGCAACCUUGCCGCCAUCAUCCACUCCCUCUGUGAUGCCCACCGUUUCGAUGAAGCCCACAACAUCUUCUCCCUCUUCCUCUCCUCCGGCUUCCUCCCUGACCACCGCACCUCCAACGUUCUCCUCUCCCGCCUCCUCCCCUCUCGAACCCCGCACCGAACCUGGGCUUGUGCCCUUUCUUUGAUCCAAGCUAACCACGGCUUCGUUCCCUCCAUUGUCACCUAUCACCGCUUAAUGGAUCACUUUUGCAGGUUCUGUCAACCCCAACAAGCUCACAUACUGUUCUUCGACAUGAAGGGUAGAGGGCAUUCCCCCAAUGUGGUUUCUUAUACUACUCUCAUUAAUGGGUACUGCUUAAUUGGUGGAAUUGGUGAUGCCCGCAAGGUGUUUGAUGAAAUGCUUGAUAGUGGUAUUGCGGCAAAUUCUUUGACUUAUAGUGUUUUAGUCGGCGGGUUUCUUAGGAUGAGGGAUAUAGAAGGAGCAAAGGGAAUGAUGUGCCAGUUAUGGGAGAAGAUGAGGGUUGAAAGGGAGGCUUCGAUGAAGACGGCAGCCUUCGUGAAUCUAGUUGAUUCUCUGUGUAGGGGAGGGUUCUUCAAUGAAUUGUUUAGGAUAGCCGAGGAGUUUGCAUUAGGGGGCAGUUUGUGUGAGGAGGUUGCAUAUGGACAGAUGAUAGAUUCACUCUGCAAGGUUGGGAGGUAUCAUGCGGCUGCUAGGAUUGUGUAUAUAAUGAGGAAGAGAGGAUUAGUUCCGAGUGUAGCGUCUUAUAAUUAUAUUAUACAUGGGCUUAGCAAGGAUGGUGAUUGUAUGAGAGCUUAUCAGUUAUUAGAGGAAGCUGAAUUCGGAUUCUUGCUUUCUGAGCAUACCUACAAGGUGUUGGUGGAAGCUCUUUGCCAAGUGCUGGAUGUGGACAAGGCAAGGAAAGUUCUUGAACACAUGCUAAGUAGGGAAGGCGUCGACAAGACUAGGAUUUACAACAUCUAUUUAAGAGCUCUUUGUACUGUGAAUAAUCCAACAGAACUCUUGAAUGUGCUUGUGCUCAUGCUUCAAAGCCAGUGUCAUGCAGAUGUGAUCACACUUAACACAGUUAUCAAUGGAUUUUGCAAGAUGGGGAGGAUUGAUGAAGCUCUAACGGUAUUACAGGACAUGUUGAGUGGUAAAUUUUCCGCUCCCGAUGUUGUGACCUUCACUACGAUCAUUUCUGGUUUAUUAGACACUGCAAGAGUUGAUGAAGCUGUUGAGUUGCUCCAUAAAGUAAUGCCUGAAAAUGGUGUAAGACCGAGUGUUGCGACAUAUAAUGCUUUUCUCCUAGGCCUAUACAAACUGAAGAGGCCAAAUGAUGCAUUGAGGGCCUUCAAUAAUAUGGCAAGUAAUGGCAUUACUGCAGAUAGUACCACUUAUACUGUUGUGGUAGAUGGUCUAUGUGAAUCUAACCAAAUAGAUGAAGCAAAGAAUUUUUGGCACAAUGUUAUAUGGCCUUCAGGGAUUCAUGAUAAUUUUGUUUAUGCAGCAAUUCUGAAAGGGUUCUGUCGCACCAAUAAAUUUAACGAAGCUUGUCAUUUUUUAUAUGAACUGGUAGAUUCUGGGGUGUCUCCAAAUAUAUUUAGUUAUAAUAUUGUGAUCAAUUGUGCUUGCAAUCUAGGUUUGAAAAGGGAGGCUUAUCAGAUUGUUAGAGAGAUGAAAAGGAAUAAACUCACACCUGAUUGUGUGACAUGGAGGAUUCUUGACAAGUUACAUGGCAAAGUGAGGACCCACAAUCAUUUUGAAGAUCGAAAUUUGUCAGCACUCUAUGACAGAGCUUCACUUGGUACUUGAUGGAUGGUGCUGCCAUUUUUUAGACCUUGGUGGGAUUGCUACUGUCUUGAAUUGAUGUAUGUUGCAUGCUUCAAUCCUACAUUUGUGUCUUUGGACAAGUAAUUAAGCAUUAUUUGUAUCCCUGUAUAUCUGUCUAUAAUAUAUAAAAGAUGAUGGUGUUUGAAA